AUGUUGUUUGUUGUGUUCGCCUUAGCCUUGAUAUUGACGCAGGCUCACGCCAAGGACUUGCCACCCAAUGUCAUAAUUAUGCUGGCAGACAACCUUGGAUAUGCCGACGUGUCCUUUCUGGGGGCUCCAGCUGGACGCACUCCCAACAUUGACCGUCUGGCAAAGGAAGGAAUGCAAUUCCAACACUGGAAUUCGGCAGCUCAUUUGUGCUCGGCAAGUCGAGCAACCUUGUUGACGGGAAAAUAUGCAGCUCGAACCGGUGUUUACCCUUCGGUAUUCGCCAAUGAUGCUGUGUAUGGGUUAAUGCCGUUCGAAGUAUCAAUUGCAAACUACCUGAAAGAAGAAGGAUACGCAACGUCAUUGGUCGGAAAAUGGCACCUUGGCCACCGCCCGCCUUAUCUUCCAACCAAGCAGGGAUUUGAUGAAUGGCUUGGAAUACCCUUCCACAUGAGUGGGGGCUCAUUAGAUAACCAUGUUUGCUCCUACGAUGAGGACCAAAGUUGGUGGCUACCAUUGUACGACGGUGAUUCCAUUGUUGAACAACCUGUGAAGCUAAAUGAACUGAGUAAACGAUAUGCCUCCAGAGCAACCGGUUUCAUUAAAGAGCAAGUUGGAAAGAACACACCAUUUUUUCUGUACCUAGCUUUCUCACAUGUCCACCAGCUGUGUGCGCCCAAGGACGGGAAGGAACAAGAGACAUGUCAAUGGACGGGAAGCCCCACGGCAGAUGAUACAGUGCAAGGUCUAAACAAGACGUUUGGAGAUGCAGUUGCCGAAAUGGAUUGGAUAGUAGGCGAAGUUACAAAAAUGCUGGAUUCUUUAGAUGUGGCGAACAAAACCUUUGUGCUCUUUACCAGCGACAAUGGCCCAUGGUUGGCCGAGCAGUCGUGUUCCGGUGCCAAAGGACCUUUCCAUGGGCGGUGGCUGGCGGACAACGUUGACCAAAACUGCAUUGCAUGUCCUCAUGAUUUCGAACCCUGCCCAACAAAUGACAGGCCCAGACGGUGCCGUCUUAGAGGUGUGAAUCCCGAAUCCGAGGAUGCUGCCUUUUAUUUGGAUGGUGUGCACUGUGGCGAGGACGUUGGUCUUGGUUCUCUGUGGGAGGCUAAUCUGAGAAUGCCAGCCGUUGCCAGGCAACCUGGAAAGAUACGAGCAGGGGCUUCUUCCAGUGCGGUGGUAUCGACAUUGGAUGUAUUUCCUACGGUCCUUUCCUUUCUCAAUGCGUCCUUGCCGCCUGGGCUCGACGGCAUGGACAUAUCCUCUGUGCUGUUUGGCCGAGAACACGAGUACGACAGUGCCAACCGAACACUCUUUUUCUGGAGAGAUGGAUUCUCGGAGGGCUCCCUUCCACCUCCCUACGGUCGAUUGGAUGUAGCAGCUGUGAAAAUUGGCCACAUGAAGGCCCAUCUGUACACCAAGAGUGCUCAUUACAAUGACGACGACGCAGUGCAUCACGUCCCCCCACUGCUAUUCGACGUCCACGCCGAUCCUGCAGAGGCAUUUCCCCUCAAUCCAGAUGACCACAAGGAGCUGCUAGCGAGGAUGGAACAACUAGUGAAGACGCACAAAGAGUCAAUCGAGUGGACUACUCCAUUGGCACUAGCUAAAGACCCAAAGUAUCGACCCUGCGCAGACCCUCAAAAUGGAUGCCGAACGGGGGCAGGGCUUCCCGAAAGGGUAGUGUUGAACGGGGAUUGA